AUGGAGAUUAUUUAUCAACUAUUCAAUAAAGACAUCUUAUAUAAAUUUAACCUUUAUUAUGUAAUCAUUAAUCUAUUGAGUAUCCAAUAUAUUUUAUCCUAUCAACAAUUGUAUCCAACUGAUUUUCAAUCAUUAAAUUUAGGUUCAUGUAUUAAAAAUGAUGGUGAUCUAUUUUGUCAAAUGUAUAGACGUAAUAGUUUUUGUUCAAUUCAACAUGAUGAAUGUUUUUGUUUACCAGGAUAUGUAUCAAUUUAUGAAAUGAAUGAUAGUUGGUAUACAUGUAAACCAUUACUUACAGAUUUAUACUGUCGUAUAGAUUCAGAUUGUUCUUAUAUUCAUGGCAGUAUAUGUCAUCCAGGAGUUGGUGCAUGCGUUUGUCCUAGUGGUUAUGAAUUUGUAUUUCAACAUUUUUCCUGUUUACCUCGUGUAAAUGACAGUUCGAAUCCGUUUUGCACAGCUUGUCAAAGAAUUGAUGGAGUAUGUGUGUUAAAUAAUAGAAAAAAUGGUUUAUUAUUGAAUAAUUAUUACCAAGAUGAUCUUCAGUGUGCAUGUCCUAGAAAACCAAACAUUACUGUUAUAAAGAAAUACUCAUUUCUUGAUAUAUGCAAUCCAAUUCCUGUUGAUAUUGGAGAAGAAUGUAAUCAUAUUAAUAAAGUAUGCCUUAGUCAAAAAGCAAUUUGUCUUGAAAAUUCAAUCAACAUACGUCAAACACAACCGACAACAAAUCGUAAUGUAAAUAUUUGUGUUUGUCAUGAAGGUAUGAUUCCAGUAUAUCAGAAGAAUUUAGACUAUUUUGAAUGUUAUAUAAAUUGGAAUAAUAAAAAAAUCAAUAUUGAAUCUGAUCAAGGAUCUGAACAAGGAAAACAAUUAUCAAGGUUUCAUAUAAAGAGAAAAGAUUGUAUAGAAUAUUUAUUACAGAUUACAUGUAAUCAAGAAAGUAUUCAUAUCUGUUUUAAAAAUCCAUAUCAAACAUCAAUGAUAAGAACCAAUCAUAGAUCAAGAAGCAUUCAAGUCUACUUGGAUACAUCAAUGAUCUUUCCUCAAUUUAUUCAAAAUGAAUUCAACUAUUCUAUAGAUGAUCAAAAAUGUUAUUUAAUCAAACAGAAUAAUCAUAAUCAUGAUGAAUAUUGUUUAUUAAUUAAUUUUAAUCAAUUCAAUGAAUUGAGACAAUGUGGAAUUUAUGAAAUAAGUUAUAAGUAUGGAUCUGUAUUUUAUGGCACAUUACAUGCUGAAAUUACAAAGAAUGAGGUUUCAUUAUUGAGAAACGUUCAUAUUGACUUUGUUUGUCAUAUCAAUGUUUCUUAUUUGAAUGGGUCAAAUCUAUCUACUUCAUACUUCUAUGAUAGAUCGAUCACCUUUAAAAAAAGAAAUGGUCAGCUGGCUUUACCUAAAAAAUCACCAGGAAUCAACAAGUUUCUGACAACGAAAUACAUCGAAAAGCUCACUUUGCAAGACGAAAGAACACGAAAUACUAGUUCCAGUUCAAUAUCUUUGUCCAUAAUUAACUUAAACAAAAAUAUUUCUCAAAAUCAUGAAAUGACAUUAAAAAUCUCUUCUUCAUUAUCUGAAUUCAUAUUAAUAGAAUAUUGUUUGGUCAAAGGUCAGUCGAUUCCUUCCAAAAUACUACCAACUUAUGAACAUGAAAAACUCUUAGAUUUAAAAUGUUUCAAUACAAACAUUCAUAGAAUUAAACAAAUGAUUGAUAUAUAUAAUAAUAAUCUAAUAGAAUAUCAAUGUAUUUUAUUCAAACGAAUCAUUCAUCAUCGGACAUCGAAUAAGAAUCAUUCAAUUUGGAUUAGUCAAUCAUUUCAUUUAAACAAUAUCUCAUUAUAUAAUACUGUUUAUUCUACUUGUCUUAUACGUGUUUGUCAAAUAGAACAACUUUGUACAUAUGCUGAAUUUUAUUCAUUGAAUAGAACAAAUAAACAAUAUAAUGAUCCAUAUGUACAGUCUAAAGUGUAUAUACCAUUGAUAAUGUUGAAUGAUAAUAAUAACUAUAGAAACAAAUCGAAAUUAUCCCACUUAUUCCCGCCAAUAAAUUUUAAUAAUUUAAUACAAUUUUACUUUAUUCAAUCUACAUUACAAAUAAAUCAAACUAAUAUAAACAUACAAUUGAAUGAUUCUAUUGAUGUAUAUUUUAAACAUUCAACUAUAAAUGCGAACAGAUCACUAGAAUAUGUUUGGAUUAAGUAUAUAUUGGGAAUUUCCAUUUUUACUUUGAUGUGUCAAAUAAUGAUAUUUUCAUUUAAGCAUUUGAAGAAAUGCUACACAAAAUAUAAACUUGUCAACCAUAGAAAUCCGUUUAUAAUGACAGCGGUUACAAACGAAGUUCAACAGUCUUUGAAUACAGAUGUAAACUCUAAACAAAUUUGUCACAAUGAUUAUCAUGUUGAAAAUAGAUGUGAAUUACAUAAUACUAAUGUCAUAAUUAAUGAUAAUAGAUUAAAUAAAGUAAUAAAAAAUAUAGAAUGUGAUAGAAUUGAACAUAAUCCAUUUGAUCAUCAACAACAAACUAGUCAUUCAAUGACAUGUUUAUUAAUUUAUCCAUCUAACAAAUCAAAUCAAUGUCGUCUCUUAUUCAAUAAUAAUAAUCAUAAUAAUAAUAAUAACAAUACUGGGUCACAUUAUACUAAUUCAUGUCUUUCAUCACCUAUUCAUUGCCAAUAUAAUCAAAAUCAUUUAUCAAAGUUUAUGAUUGAUUCAUGUGUAAAAUCAAACAAUAUUAACUUACCACAACGUAUAAGUAAAUCAACAUUGAAUAUUGCUACUAAUCAUCAAAUGAAAUUAUCAACAGAACAAUUAACAUUGAAUGAAUAUGAUAAAAUGAAUCAAGUAAAUUAUAAAAAUCAUCUACUUUUCAAUAAUUGUACACAUAGAAAUAUAUUUUUAUCAAAUUGUUAUCAUAAUGAUUGUUUAAAACAAAAAUAUGGUUAUUGUACAGUAUAUCAUAGUUUAAAGAAUCAAGAUUAUAAAGAUGGUUGGGUUUAAGCUCUACUUUUCUUGUUUAUAUUGAUGAAGGUGUGGGGAUACUUUUUAAUCGAAACUAUAGAGGAGAAUUGAUUUUAUAAUUUGUAUGAGGUUUUAAACAACUUGAAUUAGAUGCUUCGACAGAGAUGCAACCAGAUGCUGUAUUCCAGACAAAUCUUGUAUAGGCUAACUGUGAAGUGUACUGUUAACUGAAAAUGUUUUGAUAGUUAAGCUCGUAGCUUGUGUUGUAGCUGCUUGCAUUACUGUGAAAUUGUGAAGUACCUUCUGUAUAAUAUAGGAAGUCGUAAUGACUGUCUUAGUAACCUGGCGUAAACUAAAAAGGUAAAAGACUACUUGAUUUUGAUUUUAAGUACGAAUACACCCAGCAAAAGCGUGCCCUGUCGAAACUUGCGUUGUUAUUUUCGUAGUCUGAAGCCAAAGGUGUCAGAAAUGUCACCACCUGGCCGGAACAGGGAGGCACAAUCCGACUCACACGUCCGCGUCGUGCCUCCUGGAUAGUGAGACGAAUGUCUCAUGAACCAACGUGAGCGGUAACCCGGGUGAUGGAGAUCGGGCUAAUCACCCACUCAACCUAUACCCACAACCUGAUUACGAAAACUACAGAGAAUCAUUGCACAAUUAUUAAUGGUCCAAAAAAGACAAAAAAAUCACAAAAACUAAAACUUGGUUUAUGGAAUGUCCGGGGUUGCUCUCAAGAGGGUAAGCUCCAACUGAUUGCAGAACAAGUUAUCGAACGUAAGUACCACAUAGCAGUGAUUACUGAAACGAGGAUGGUCUCCAAAACUAUCAAAAUAGAAAAAAACACCACUUUCCCCAACUCUAAUCCUGAUAUAAAUGACUACCGGAACACCGGUGUCGGGUUCAUCAUUAAUAACCAGUCAGUGGUUCCUGCCACCAACUUUAAGGAGAUAGAUGGUAGGAUACAUAGCAAAAUAACUAACCAGACUAUCAACCACAUUGGUUGUUAUGCCCCAACUGAGUCUUCUAAUGAUGAUAUCAGCAAAGAAAACUUCCAUCUUAAGCUGAACAGCACAAUUAAGAAACAAACUAAAUAAACUUCCCAUAAUCACACUAGGUGACUUCAACUGUAGGCUAGGCCUGGACCUUCAAGCUUAAUACCUUAGUAUCGUAGGGAAAGCUAUCAAGCUUGAAUCAGAGACAUCAAAAAAUGGCAUGAGACUAAUAAACCUAUGCGAAACAUCAAGUCUGCGAGUAAUGAAUACCUUCAUUACUAAACCAGCCCAUAAGACUUCCACCUGGGUACACUCAAAGACCCAAACUUGUUUGGCUGGAAGGGGGACCACAGGGAGUCUGUUGCAGACUAUGCCCGCAAACAGCUUUCCCAUUGUGUCUAGUAGGAAUAUACUGCUAUAGUUAUUGGGGUCUGAUCUUAGUCCUUUAUUUUUGUAUAUACUUAUCACGUCUGCAUUUAACCAGUGGUUUAGCAUAGUGGACGGAUUUCUCCAUAUUUUAUUCAUUAUAUUUAGUAAUAUGCUAGUCAGUUUACUUCCCCCAUGCUUGAUCAUUUCAGUCGUGAUGCCAUUAUUACUAGGAGUAACUUGGUUUUUCAUGUUUUUAAGCCUUGUUUUAUUUGUUACAGAGUAAGUUCAGGAUCCUUGGUAACCCCUAAGGAUAGAUGAGUAGUGUUUAGUUUUGACUUAGCACUAAAUAGGUUCUGAUAGUGAUGUUGAAGAUCACUAUCUUUAACUUGAUUCGUUCUUUUAGUUCUAUAAGAUUGGUUUCGAAUAGUAGCCAAUAUAUCAUCCAGCAUUUUAUAUGCUAAGUGUAAUUAAUGUUUUUUGAAGAAAGAGUUCAUCUCGUCUAUUCUAUCUUUGAUAUAUUUAUCUUUUGCUAACUUAAUCUUAUUGUUUACAAUCUUACUGGCUUGAGUAUAGAGGUUUUUAUUAAGGGCCGUAGAGUUGUUUAACCAGGCUAAUCUUAGUAGUGUUCUAUGAUUUAUCUCUUUUUUUAAGAGAUCACUUAUGCUGUGUUGCCAUCUUUUAGUGGCCGACUUAUGUGGGAUUGCAGCUUUGUUAGCUGUCUGUAUGAUUGCUUCUUCUAUCUGACUUGGACUAUAUUCAUUUUGAAGUAAGUUAUCUAAUAUAUUUGGAUAAUCCGAUUUCAAGGCGUGUAUCGCCUUACGUUGUCUUCGUCCGGGUCUCUUAUUUGUGUUUGGGGUCUGUUUAUUAUUUAAGUACUUUAGCUUAAGUAUGGCUGUGACCAUGUAGUGAUCAGAGUUAGGCUCCAUAGAUCGACUGUUGUGUAUGUCACAGACCAUUAACAUAGAG